AUGAUUAAUGUUGUGAAAUGCGAGAUUUCCUUGUCUACCACUUAUUCCGUUCAUUUUUUCUUACAAAUAUCAUUUCUACAAUCUAUAAAAAAAAAGUUAUUUAUACACCAUUUUACAACUCUCUUAUUACAUCUUUCUUCUAGUUAUCUCAGUUCUGGAAUCUUCUUUGAAACCAUGCUCCUUCCAAAACCCUACGGUUCCGGCACCGUUGCCAUUCGUUCGGUAUGGUCUUUUAAUCUUGAAUCGGAGUUCAAAUUGAUCCGUUCAUUUAUCGAUUCAUUUCCUUUCAUUUCCAUGGAUACUGAAUUUCCCGGCGUCGUGGUUCGUCCCGACGGCAACGACGCAUACCGAGGAUCCGACGGCCACUAUGCCUUCCUGAAGGCCAACGUCGACGGCCUCAAUAUCAUUCAGGUCGGACUCACUCUCUCCGACGGAAAUGGUAACCUUCCGAAUCUCGGAACCUCGGAGUUUUUCAUUUGGGAAUUCAAUUUCAGCGACUUCGACGUCGCUCAUGACAUCCAUGCUCAUGAUUCUAUCGAAUUGCUUCGCGCUCAGGGUAUUAAUUUUGAAAAUAAUAAAAAUUUUGGUAUUAAUUCGUGGAGUUUUGCUGAACUGAUGAUGUCGUCUGGUCUCGUUUGUAACGAAGAAGUAAACUGGGUUACUUUUCAUAGCGCAUAUGACUUUGGUUACCUUGUUAAGUCGCUUACGCAACGUGUCUUGCCCAGUGAACUGGAUGAGUUUUUAUUAUUGGUGAGAGUUUUCUUUGGAGAGAAUGUUUUUGAUGUGAAGCACAUGUUGAAGUUUUGUAAAGGUCUUUAUGGUGGUUUAGAUAGGGUUAGCCAAUUUCUGAACGUGGAACGUGUUGUUGGUAAGAGUCACCAGGCUGGUUCAGAUAGUUUGUUGACUCUUCAUGUUUUUCGAAAGAUUAAGGAAGUUUAUUUUGAUAACUAUGAUGAUGAAAUGGUGAAAUAUGCCGGUGUGUUACAUGGUUUGGAGGUUUACUAAUUUAUUUAAAAAAUAUAUGAUGAUGAAACGGUGAAGCCGUGUUGUAUGGUCUGGAGAAUUACUAAUUUGUUGAAAAAUCUUUUAUACAUAUCUUUGUAUGUUUAUUAUGAAUCUAAAGUGAAAAUUGAAUGCAUGACUUAUUAACCUGAUGA